AAAAAAAAAAAAAUGACUGAAAAAUCAACACAAAAAAACGGUUCGAAAGCAGCAUUUGAACAAGUUGAAUUGUUUGAAUUCUUCCAGAUUCACUCUCCUUUCAACGUUAUUCCACUCCAUAUUCUCAUACAUUGCAUCUCAAAUAAUAUUAUACAUACCUUCAAUCAAGUUCAAUUCACCACAAAAUCUAUAUCUCCAUCUUUCACCUUAUCAUCACAAUACUGUUAUGACAGAUACAAUACCUCAAUCUCCCGUAAUAGAACCUGAAAUGGACAAUAGAAUAAUAAAUCCAGGCUCAAUCCAAAUAAAUGUCACUGGCGCCUUCAUAGUGGAUGAAGAAUUAUAUGAAGAUGAAGAUUCAAUACCCGAAACUAGUGAUAUUGCUUUACCAUAUCAAGAUGCUGAAAAUAUUUCACAUAUUGCUGUUGAUAUUGGUGGUUCUUUAGCUAAAAUCGUUUAUUUCACUUCUAAUCAAAAUUUAUCAGAUUCUGGUGGUCGUUUAAAUUUUUACAAAAUUGAAACUGAAAGAAUUGAUGAAUUUAUUGAAUUUAUUGCUAAAUUGAUCAAAUUUUAUAACAAGAAAAUACAUAUAAUGGCUACUGGUGGUGGUUCAAUAAAAUUUUAUGAUCGUUUGAAAAAAGAUUUAAAUGUCCAAGUUUCAAAAGAAGAUGAAAUGGAAUGUUUAAUUCGUGGAUUAGAUUUCUUUAUAACUGAAAUACCAAAUGAAGUCUUCCUAUACACUGAACAAAAUCCAAUGGAAUUUGUUAAUCAUUCCAAAAAUAUCAUUUAUCCUUAUUUAUUAGUCAACAUUGGUUCAGGUGUUUCUAUAAUCAAAGUUAUGGGUCCAAAUCAGGAGGAUUUCAUUAGAGUCGGGGGAAGUUCCUUAGGUGGUGGUACUCUUUGGGGGUUAUUAUCUUUAUUAACAGAUGCUAAUUCGUAUGAUGAAAUGUUGACAAAUGCUGCAAAAGGUGAUAAUUCAAAAGUAGAUAUGUUGGUUGGUGAUAUUUAUGGAACUGAUUAUAAUAAAAUUGGUUUGAAAAAAUCAACAAUUGCUUCUUCAUUUGGUAAAGUUUUCAAAAAAAAACAUCAACAAAGUUUUAAAAAUGGUGAUUCUGAAUUAUUUGCAAGUGCUGAUAUAAGUAGAUCUUUAUUAUAUGCUAUAUCAAAUAAUAUUGGUCAAAUUGCUUAUUUGCAAGCAAAAAUUCAUGAAGUUAAUCAUAUUUAUUUUGGUGGUUCUUAUAUUCAAGGUCAUCCUCAAACGAUGAAUACUUUAUCAUAUGCCAUAAAUUUCUGGUCCCAAGGAACUAAAAGAGCUUAUUUUUUGAGACAUGAAGGUUAUUUAGGUGCUUUAGGUGCCUUUUUAAAAAAACAACCCGAAGGUUGGGGUAGAAAGAAUUCUUUUAAAAUGGAUGAUAAUUUGAAAACAAAAAUUAGAAACAUUUUGAAGAAGAAGGAUUAG